AUGGCACACGAGGCAUCGGCCACAGUGCAGAGCACUAAUGUGUUCAAUCCCAAUACCAUGUUCCAAGGUCUAGUGAUGUACAAGUCAGUUGGAGUUGGGACACCAAAGAGGCCGUCCCUGGCAGACCAACAGAAGAUUGGAUUCUUCAGUUUGGAUAGAGGAUCCCAAACUGAACUUACAGAAGUUUUGGAUCUUAAAGAAAUGACAGAAGUGAUACAGAUCUUAUUACAGGAUGUAGAAACUUUAAGAAAAGAUAUUAACGUUACCAAACAUGUGAUGCAAGCUGAUUACGAAGCCAAAUUACAAGAAAAAUCAUUAGAUUUGUAUUGCCGUAUCAAUGAUAAAGUUGCUGCUUUAGAGAAGAUGCAUGAAGAUAGAAUAGAUGUUAUAAGGAAAGCCUAUAGACAACAGUUAUCUGAUGCUAUUUCUAGAGUUGCUGUUCUGUAUAAUAAAAAUUUAGAGAAUAAAAUAUCCAAAGUGAAGAAGAAACAAGAUCGUGAGAGCGGUAAAGUUGAUGAGAAAUAUCGUGAUCUUCAGAAUCAGAUUCAGAAAGAUGAAGCUGUCAUACAUAUGUUACGUUUACAGCUUCAACAAUACCAACAAAAUACCUUUAUUGAUGAUCAGAUGUUGGAUGAAGAGUCAGUAGUGUCAGAGUCACCAGAGAUUAAUCCAGAGCUUGAGGAACUACGAGAGAGAGUGGUGGAUCUGGAAGACAAGUCUCAAAGACUACAAGAACAGCUGGAAAAUAAGAAAAAGGAAACUUACAAAAUAAGUAAUGACAUGAUUGCAUUAAAAGAACAGUUGCAGAAAGAAAAAAAUUUUGUCAAGCAGUUACAAAAUGACAAGCUAGAAUUAAAACAAUCAAUGGAACAGAGUAAAGUCUCCAAUAAAAGACUGAUAGAUGAUGAGGUAGAGGAUUUUAAUUUUAAAGAUUGUGCAUAA